UCUAUGGUUGGACUCACUCCUGUAAACAAACAUGCUUGAAUUAUUAUGCAGAAUAACGUUUUUCAUUGCCUACUGGACAUGUUCUGAAGGGCAAAUGGAUCUUGAAUAUGGACUGGUGGAGUCAUGCACUGGAUCACCAGAUGAUGAAAUUGUCUUCACUUUUAAUACUGAACUGGCUGCAUACUUGGUGGUAGUAGAUGGGACACUUGUUCUCACCGUACCAAAUUUUAUUAAAGAUUAUCCUGGAUUCUAUCAGUUACCCCUACUUGAUGCUAGCCCUGCGAGUGUUGGAUUAACAGCUCUGUGCAAAGUGGUUUAUGAAAAGACACUCAACUUAAAUGUAUCUGAACCUGUUGAACCUCCCUGGGUUUUACUUUACCCCCGAAAUGAUGUGAAAUUAAAUGUCAAGAACACUCUGAUCUGUCAUGUGACUGGAUUCUUCCCUCCACCGGUCAAAGUCUCGUGGACCAAGAACAAUGUAAAUGUGACAGAUGGAUCAACUACCAGCAGAUAUUACCCAAACAAUGAUAGAAAUUUGAAUGUCUUUUCUCAACUGAGCUUCAUUCCAGAGGUAGGAGACAUUUUUAGCUGUUCUGUAGAGCACAAAGCCCUUCAGCAACCUCAGACCAGAAUAUGGGACGUGGAGGUAAAGCAGCCUAGCAUUGGUCCAUCAGUGUUCUGUGGAGUUGGUCUUUCUCUCGGGCUGCUGAGUUUUGCCGCUGGAAUCUUUUUCAUUGCCAAAGCCAAAAAAUGGAUAUAGUAUUGACACACUGACACAUGUGUUUAUUAGCUCUGUCGACAUGCACAGGUUUCAUACAUCAUUGCUCUGUAAAAGUUUCAUGUUUCUAUGUACUGUAUAAUCUGGCUCAGUUGUGCAUAAAAUGUGGACAUUUAAAUUAUGUAAUAAUAUUGUGACUAUUUAAUUUAGCAGUUUUAUAUGUUGAUUUUAUAUAUUUAGUGUGGUUGAUUGUUAUUAAAGUACUGCAAACAGGCAGAACACAUUGUAUGCAAAAGCUUAGUCUGGUAACAGGAAGAAUACAUUUACAUUAUAAUACUAUUUAAUGUAAUGACUACAUUUUUUUUAGUAGCCCACUUUAGCUGAGAGACAGUCUUCAAACACUGAUUGAUAGUUGAUAAUGUGCUUGAAAAGUUACUCAUAGUCAAUAUAGUGUUUUCCAGAUAGCAAAGAGUGUUUGGUAUGGAAGCAUCUACUCUGUACAAGCUACAAAGAUUUGAUAAACAUCUUGAUAAACAACAUUUAUUUUGCCAAUAUUGUAAACUACAAACAUCUUAAUGCAUUGGUUUCCUCCCUGGGGGUUUCAAGCCCAACUAAUGGUCACCAAAAAUUCACGAGGGGUCAUCAAGGGGUCAUUUAGUGAUAAAC